AUGCGAGAGUUGACGAAACUCCCAGCCAACUGCGACCGCCUCGUUCUUCUUGACGAAACGACUCUGGCGGCGUGUGGAAAAGAGAAUGUCUACUUCUGCACACUUCAAUCCUCCACAAUAUCAACAACAACAACAACAACUUCUUCUUCUUCCUCUUCUGCUGUUGUUGUGAUGCCGGUGGAUUUACCAAAACACGUGGAUUGUGUGGCCCCGUGGCACCCGCCAGGCGCGUCGCUGCAGCACUGCGGUGUAUUUUACACCAUUGAUGGAAAUGUACACUUCCGCCGCACCGCAUCUCAACAACAACAACAACAACAACAGCAGCAGCAGCAGUCAUCUGUACUUGAGUUACCAUCAGACUGCGGUGUUGUGAGGGAAAUGGAGGUCUUCUUUGGCACAACAUUAGUGCUCCGCACCGCCAGCGAUGUGUUGUGCUACGCCUUGGAUCCCACCAGCACUGUUGAGAUCACACAACUCCCACUCACCGGACGAUUGGCUCUCCCACAGCACAAAACAACAACAACAAGAAAAAGAAAAGAAGAAAAGGAAGAAAACGAAACGGUGGUGAUGCUGUACGCCUCGCCAUCGCCCAUACACUCGGCACAAAUGCAGGUGGACGCCGAUUGUACAAUUGCUGUUGUGCAGUACUGCCGUGCGUUGCGUUGUGUGGAUGUGUUGUUGCUCGCCGUUACUCCCUCGCGGGUGGCGGUGCUGCGGCGAACACGCAACGGCGGUCUGUCAUUACCGCAGAACAUCAAUGAAUUGCAGUGUUGGUCCGUGAACUGGGCAAUGCAAGAGUUACUGUUCCUACACACAGAUCUCAACAAGAACAACAAGAAUGAGAAGAAGAGCCAUACAUGUGUGUUGCGGCUGGAGACAAUGGAGUGGGGACCGACACCACCCGCCACCAUUCCGCAAUCCAUCACGGCUCUGCAGUACACACACACAGGCGAGAUGUGGGCCCUCGCAGAGAGAAAUGAGAAGUGUGUGAAGUUAAUUAACUGCACGGCGGGAUCAGUCCUGCAGGAGGUGGAACUGCCACAGACUGCACGAAGCGAUAAUGUACGCCUGGCCGUAUGGGGGGCAAGUGUGUUUGUUCUCUUCGGUAAGAUCAUUGUUGAGAUACUAUCAAACAAGGCAGAUACAAACGCCACGACAGGAGGAGGAUCUACACUCUGUGAUUGGUUGCUUCUGAACACAACGAAAGAGGAUUCAAAGAAUACCAAACAAAUGCGUAAAGAGAUGACAAGAGAGAUUAAUGAAGUUGUGGCAUUUGUGGAAGGAGAUGUUGGUAGUUCUCGUACAAUGAUUGUGCGUGAUAGCCGCUAUGUCUCUUCUACGCCAGACACAACUGGAGUCUAUCAUCACGCCAUACUUGAUGCCAUUGAGGGAAAUAAUAAACGCACGAGUAUAAGCAGGAAUGCCUCUCUUGUGAAGUACAUUGCUGUGGCGCAAUCCCUACAUCCCGCAACUAUUCUGCGUGUAUUGCGUGUAGAGGAUGCCAGUCUGCGUCUCUCACUGGCUGUACUGCUGGCCUCAAAGCCAUCACUGACGGCGGGCGGUGUGAGAUUGUUGGAGUGGGGCACACCCGUACAUUCCUUCUGCCGCGCCAUGGGACAAAUGGAAACAAAACGAUUUGCUGCUGCACUCUACGAAAGUGCACUUGCAGCUCUGGCGGCUGGUGCACUUGGCGCUGUUGAGUUUCUCUGCGCCGUUGCUGAUGUUGUGAUGAUUGUAGCUGUUGGAAACAGGAGCAGCAGUGCGGUGGUGGUAUCUCGUGAGGAGGCCCAAUUGGAGGAAGUUAUCGCACAAGCACUUGGUGUACUUUCAUCCUAUGCCCAGUGGGCGUUAGCAACAGCACCAGCCCUCGGUAUCAUUACAGCACAUGUUGGACCGCAGCGUGAAGGAAAGAAGGAGGCGGCCGUACGUGAUCGUAUCGCACACGCCAUCAACACAUCACGUAGUGUACAGAUUGAACCAAUGGUACUGGGACGGCGAUGA